AUGUGGAAUGAUCAAUCAGUUGUUGGUGGUGGCUUUUUUAAUUCAACCAAUCAAUUUGGAAAUGCAAAUACUCCUAAUCAAGCACAAAAAACGAGUCGAAGAACUUCACGUACUGCACCAAUUGUUAUUAGACAGGCCUUACAUUCCGGAGAUGGUGAUAUCACAAUUUGGGGAACUGAAAUUAUGAUUGUAUCUAUUGUUGCUAGAGUGAGAAAUGUCCGCAUACAGAGUACAAAAAUAACAUAUACAAUUCAAGAUAUUACAGGAAGGAUGCGUGCCGUGUUUUGGUUGGAUCAAGAAGCUAUGGAGGAAGAUGAUAAAUCCACCCCAAAAGUGCAAGUGAAUGAUUAUAUUCAGAUUUAUGGAAAUGUAAAAACUAAUAAAGGCAAGAAAGUGUUAAUGGCCUUUAAAAUUAUGCCUGUAACUGAUGUAAAUGCUAUUACAUUCCAUUAUUUACAGUGCAUAAAUAAUAAACUCAAAAUGGAAGCAGAUUCUAAGAAGGAAAAGGUGAACAUUAAUACUACAUCAUCUGCAACAUUACCAGCUAACUCAAUGGUUGGUAUGAAUGAUAACACUUCAAUUAAUGGAUUAAAUCCACGUCAAAUGAUGGUUUUUAAUUUGAUUCGUGCUUCAACUCUCGAACAAGGCAUAAGUAAACAAGAUAUGUAUGCUACACUAAAGGAUCGCAUGUCCCAAAUGGAAUUUGAAAAUAUUUUGGAGUGGAUGUGUGGUGAAGGACACAUAUAUUCAACAAUUGAUGAAGAACAUUUCCGUGCUACUGAUGCUUUUUAA